GCACUAGUGCGUUGGUUUUGCGUUGUGUUGCGCGCAAUAUUAGCUGCUCUCUUCAACCCGUUGUUAUAAAUAUACAUAUACAUUUAUUUUUUUUCCCGGAAGAGGAGAAGAAGCUACUACUAUGGCGUGCCAAACUGGAAUCAGAGCUAACGCGGCACUUCGAAAUGCACUCAACUUGGGAAAACAGGCGAAACUGAGGCUCAUCAAGAUUGUGGUGAAUAAUGAGGAGAUGACGCCGAACUACGAGUUUGCUGGAACCGCCAACUGGCGUGACGACUGGAGGGCUUGCUUGCCGGACUGUGUGGAUGCCUACGAGCCGUGCUUCAUUCUGUUCCGGUUGAAUACCAUCACAGAAUGGGUUUUGAUCACGUUUGUCGACGAUCGUGCUCCAGUCCGUGAAAAGAUGCUUCUGGCCGCCACAUGUGCUACAUUCAAAAGCGAAUUCGGACAGUGUUACAUUGAGCACGAAAAACACGUCACUGAUCUGAAGGAUCUCACGCUGAACGCGUUCGAGGCGUGGCUCAAGGCAAAAACCGAGUUAGGACCAAUGAGUGAAGUUGAACGGGAGCUCCACAAUGCUCAGCAAGAAAGAGCUGCAAUUGCACAUGCCGGACCACAACAUAUGAAGGGUGUCGCGUUCCCAGUGGAUCGUAAUGCUGAGGAAGCCCUCCGGCAGUUGGCUAGCCAGAAGCUCAGUUUUGUUCAGCUCUCGGUCGAUACCCUCAAUGAAGCCAUCAAAUUGGAGGGAACCCUCGAAUCAUUGGAACCAUCGCAGCUUGCAUCAAAAGUGCCACGUGACAAGCCACGAUACACCUUCUACAAUUUUGAUCACACGUGGGAAGGUGUUCCGCAACAAUGUACUUUGUUUAUCUACUCGUUGCCAUCAUCUGGAAGCUCAAUUAAAGAAAGAAUGCUCUACUCAAGUUGUAAGGGGCCAUUCCUCAGCGCUGCUCAGAAUCAAUACGGAGUUGUCAUUACGAAUAAGAUGGAGGUAGAUGCUCGCGACGAUCUUUCGGAGAAAGCACUGCUCGAAGUCAUUCACCCCCUCCCGGUUGAAGCCCCCAAACAGUUCUCCCGUCCAGCUCCACCACGCGCCGGUCCACGUCGUAUCACAAAAGUCUGAACGCUAUAUCUUUGACGCUACUCAUUCAACUCAUUCAUUUCUACCCAACUAUUUUUAUUUUAUUUCCUAAUUUUAUAAUAUUUCUCUAUGCAUUCAAAUUGUAAUUAACAUCCGCGGUCAUUGCAUACUGAAAUUAACUGUUUCUAGAAAAAAAGAGUAACUUUACCAGCUUUUCGACUGCCUGUACACCAUCCAAAAAAGGACCCCAAAUUUUCAAAAUCACAAUUUAUCAAAAAUCGUUUGAAUAAAGAUCA